AUGGAGAGCAUGGAAACUGACUUAGUCUCUCGAGAUGAGAGUGAAAGAUUGGUGUCAAGAACUUAUCAAACGCAGCUGGAAGAAAUUGCAAUUAAAAAAAAUACUAUCAUACAUCUCCCUACAGGUUCUGGUAAAACUUUCAUAGCUAUACGUCUUAUAAAGAGAUUCAGAGAAGCUCUACAGAAACCAUGGGGGGAAGGCGGGAAGCGCACUUUCUUUCUAGUAAACACAGUACCACUGGUUACUCAGCAUAGUAAAACCAUUGAAAGACUAUGUCCAGUCGACGGCGUUGGAGCUUACUCUGGCGAAGACGGGGUCGAUUAUUGGCAAAAAAGUAAAUGGAAUGCAGAAUUGACAAAGUAUCAGGUCGUUGUGAUGACCAGUCAGAUUCUGUGUGAUAUGCUUACACACGGAUAUAUACGAAUUGAAGAUAUUAAUCUCCUGAUUUUUGAUGAGUGCCACCACGCUGUUGAAGAUCAUCCAAUGAGACAAAUCAUGAAAAGCUUCAACGAAUGUCCAGUGGAUAAGCAACCCAGGGUUCUAGGAUUGACUGCGACUUUGUUGAAUGCAAACGUAACCAUUAAUAAAGUUCAGGAAACUUUACGUGUUUUAGAAACGACUUUUCACGCUACCAUUGCAACAGUCAACGAAUUGGGCGAAGUAUUGAAUUACUCUUCGAAUCCUCACGAGAUGAUUAUGUACUAUUCCCACCCAAGGCCCACUGAAGCUACAAAUACUGCUCUAUUAUUACUAAACGAAUUAAAAGAACUUGUAUACUCUGUUAACUUGCCGCGAGUUCGGGGUAAUUUUAAUAUCAAAUUGGAACAAGGACAACAAAAUAUAACUUCAGAUCCUAAAAAGAUUGUAAAAAAUGUUCAAAAUAUGAUAGAAGGCAUGAACAUACUCAUAAUCGAAUUAGGAGCCUUUGGUGGUUCUUUGGGUAUUUUAGCAUAUAUAAUCCUUCUCGAACGAUUAAAACGAACUUGUUCUACUAAAGAAGAAGACCUUUUAUAUCAAAUAGCCAUAACACACUCUACAGAAGCCCGAAUGGUGCUGUUAGAUUCCAUGGCAAAUGAUAAAGGAUAUGACAAAAUUAUAAAACAUUCAUCAAAUAAACUUUUGCAUCUUCUUAAUAUUCUGAAAGAGUACAAUCCAAAAUAUUAUAAUAUGUCAGGAGUGAUUCUGAAAGCAAAUAAACAAAGAAAACCCUUAUCGGGUAUUAUAUUUACUCAACGACGAUUUACGGCUAAAGUGCUCUACAACAUACUGAAGGAAGUGAGAGAUGCUAACCCUGAUGAUUUUGGCUUUCUACAGCAUGAUUUUGUAGUCGGCUUUAACAUCAACCCUAUGAAAAGCACAAGAGAACAACAUUAUCUCAAAAAGUGUAGCCAGAAAGCCCUACUUAAAUUUUCAAAAAGGGAACUUAACUGCUUGAUAUCGACAAGUGUGAUAGAAGAGGGUGUAGAUGUCAGUCAGUGUUUGCUAGUAGUGCGUUACGAUGCACCCUUGGAGUACAGAUCCUAUAUCCAGAGUAAAGGACGAGCUCGAAGCAGUGAAUCCAGUUUCAUACUGUUAGUGAAAGAGGAUGACCGAUCAAAAUUUUCAAAUAUUUAUGCUACAUACCAGAAGACAGAACAGUUUAUACAAAAAAUAUUAAUUGGAAACACUGAUGAGAGAGACUCUCCAACCCAAGAAGACAUUAAGGAAAAUCUUUACGAUGACGAAGAUAUACCUCCGUACGUUACUAAAUGCGGAAAUCGUCUAUUUGCUGCUUCAGCUAUUAGUCUUCUAAGUCGCUACUGUUCUACCCUGCCGCAUGACCAAUUUACAGUGAUCACACCAAUGUGGAUACAGGAGAAGAACCGUGACGAGUCGAAACGCAUAAUUACAAUCGUUAUGCCCAUUGCGUGUCCCGUCAAAGAAAAGAUUAUGGGGCUACCAUUUAUCGCCCUAAAGACAGCUAAGCGUUCCGCUGCCUUGAAUGCAUGUAUAAGACUUUAUCAAGAAGGGGAAUUAGAUCAAGUAACUCUACUCCCUCGACAUUACGGCAUAGUUGAUUAUGAAGAUUCUGAUAUAAAACAAUGUUUUCCCAAUUGGCGUUGGGAUGAGCAAGAUGAAGGCGAAAAGGCUCCUAAACCUGGUACAAAGAAAAUGGUGCGCAAACACGAAAAAAUAUUCCCGUCAUGUCUCAAAUCAAGCAAAGAGUGGUUUGUGGGUCGAAAAACUUUUUUCCUACACAUUAUAAAGAUGAAAACUGCAUUCGACGAACCCAAAGAUACCCGUGAGAGGGCGCUGUACAACUUACUCCAGAGAGGCGAAGGAUAUGGCCUGUUGACUCCAUCUAAUUUACCGAAAUUAUGUGACUUCCCUAUGUUCUUAACAGUCGGUGAAGUUGCUACCUCUCUAGAAGUGAAUUAUGCUGUUAUACAAUUGGAUUUGAUGUUAUUUGAUUUAGUGAAACAAUUUCACUACUUCUUAUUUGGUCAAGUGCUGGAUAUAGUGAAAAAGUUUUUAGUAUACGAUGGCGUAGAUAACAAUAUGUUUGUCGUUCCCAUAAAAGAGGAUAAUGGAUAUGACAUAGACUGGGACGUUAUGCAGCAAUAUAAAUAUAUACGACCAGUAGAAGUUCCUUCAUAUGAGGAAAGAAAAAAUCUGCGUGUUACGAAAGACGAUUAUAUUAACUCUGUCGUGACACCUUGGUACAGGGGGUGUCUUCUCACAGACAGAUACAUCGUGUCAGAUGUUAUUGAGUAUAUGACUCCACAAACACGGUUUGACUCUCAUUCUUACGAUACGUACGAAGAUUACUAUGUUAGUAAAUAUAAUUUAGAAAUCUUCGGACAGAAAGACCAACCUUUGCUUGAGGUUCGCAAUAUAAGUAGUCGUAUGAACUGCUUGUUGCCUCGUGCCGCGACUAUAAAAGCGUUAUCUGAAAAACAUCAAAAGUUAAUAUCAGCUACCCAAGGCGACGACAAGCCGAAAGCUUUCGUGGAGAUGUUCAUACCUGAAUUUUGUAUCAAAUACGAUUACCCCGGUGUGCUAUGGUAUAAAGCCAUUAUGCUGCCUAGCAUCAUUCAUAGAGUUUUUAAUCUACUCAUCGCUCAUGAGUUGCGUGAAGAAAUCACAAAUGAGAUUCAGUAUGGGAAGGCUUUCUUAGACGCAGGGGAAGAAUGGUUACCUAUAAAAGUGGACAUACACAUUGCAACGAAAUCGCUUUUAUCACAAGUUGAAGAGCCGACACCAAUUAAUACCAUUGAUAGAAUAAAUAAUCCCAUUGACGACACCGCGCCGCGCCCCCUCAACAUAGUCUCGAUGAAGGAAACCAUCUAUCAACUGCAAUUUAAGAAAAUCAGUAAAGAGUAUCCAUGGGAUGAAAACAUAGAACCCGUAGACAUAGAGAGAAAUCUAUCAUCAGUGACGGUUGUGGAUAUAGAAUGCUACGACAAAUUCGUAUCAGCUCCGUUCGAUGAUAAGGAGCCAACUGAAGUAAGAUCUCCGCCACUGAGACCGACCACCUCGGCAGCCAUAUUGCCACCACCAACGAAGUACAACGAUAAAGUCAAACUCUUGACGAGAGUUCCUAAAGGCCGCGGUCCCGAAUUACGGGAUAUCCUCAGUGCCUUAACAACGAUAAAUUCCCGCGACACGUUCAAUUUAGAAAGGAGCGAAACUCUUGGUGAUUCGUUCUUGAAGUUUGCGGCGAGUUUGUAUCUAUUCCACAAGUUCCCUAAGUUGAAUGAAGGCCAGUUAACGAACAUCAAGUGCAAGCUUAUUGGGAAUAGAAAUCUAUACUACGCCGGCAAUCGCGCUCGCUUAGGUGGACGAAUGAAAAUAGAUGUGUUCAGUCCAAGGAAAGACUUCCUCGUGCCGGGCUUUUCCGCACCAGAAGAAGCUCAAGAAUUAAUUAACGGGAAGAAGAUUCGUCCUACAUUUCUGUUUGGCAUGAGCUUCCCACAGGACGAAGUUUUGCAAGGAGAGUUAACGGAAAAUAGCAAACAGACAAUUCAGAACCGCUACUUGGAAGCGAAUGGCGCCGCUGAAGACGAACCAUUCGGUGGAGCUCAGAACGUUAUGCAGGGCUACGUAAAGUCACAAGCUGUCUCUGACAAGUCGGUUGCUGACUGCGUUGAAGCCUUGAUUGGUACUUAUCUUCUAAGCGGUGGCGUGUUGGGAGCCGUCCAAUUUAUAGAGUGGAUAAAAAUACUGCCGCCACAGGACAAUUUCGCUCAACUCCUGCAUAAAACAGUCCCUACGGUAAUAGCAGAGAAGAAGGCGACUGUUGCUGAUGUCGAUUUCCUCUUGAACGGCUGCCGAGGAGAUAUAGAAAAAUUGUUGCAGUACAAGUUCAAAGAUCCAUCGUACUUAUUAGAGGCCAUGUCCCAUUCUUCGUACAUUCGCAACAGGAUAACCCGCUCGUACGAACGUCUCGAGUUCUUGGGUGACGCUAUACUUGACUUCCUUAUAACCGCUUAUAUUUUCGAGAAUAGCGAAGAAUUGAAGCCAGGUGAACUGACAGAUUUGCGAUCUGCCCUAGUCAAUAAUGUCACCUUUGCUUCGUAUGUCGUCAAAUUAGGACUUUACAAGUUCCUCUGCUCCCAACUGAAUCCUGUUCUGGAUAGUGCUAUAAUGGCGUUCGUUGAGCAUCAAGAACAAAGGGACCACGAGAUUAUUGAAGACGUAUUAUAUUUGAUUGAAGAAGACGAAUGCAAUUUAGCUGAAUACGUUGAAGUUCCUAAAGUACUCAGUGAUAUAUUAGAGUCACUCGUCGGUGCUAUAUACCUGGACUGUGGUGGAGAUUUGCAGACCGUAUGGAAAGUCAUAUACCGCAUCAUGUGGAAAGAGAUAGAUGCAUUUUCGAAGAGGAUCCCUCAGCAGCCAGUGCGAGUUUUGUAUGAGAACGUACAUGCUUGCGCUGUAUUCGGAAAACCUCAAUUGACUACUUCCGAUGUACCCAAAGUGAUGAUGCCAGUGACUGUAACUAAAAACGGUCGACAACACACCGUGUACGGCUUCGGCAAUAACAAGUUUCAGUCGAAACGAGCGGCCGCAAAGAUGGCGCUUAAAAUACUGUCCUUGUAA